UGACUGCACCCAUACCACCGGCAUUCCCGGCAUGCACCGCGCGGCUAUCACUCGUUAGCAGAAAAAAAUAGUCCGGUGUUUAGCUGAGGUAAAGUGAGCGGGCUGUGUGAAGGAUAGUCGAAGAGAAAUUUCCCUAAUUUUCCUCUUAAUCUAUAGCUAUAUAUCAGCAAACAUGAACGACAACGAGAAACUGGACAACCAGCGACUGAAAAACUUUAAAAAUAAAGGUCGCGAUUUGGAGACGAUGAGAAGGCAGCGCACAGAGGUGGUCGUCGAGCUGAGAAAGAAUAAGAGGGACGAGCACCUCUUGAAGAGGAGGAACGUGCCACAUGAGGACAUCUGCGACGACUCCGACGUCGAUGGAGAUUUCAGGACGCAAAACACCUCAUUGGAGGCAAUUGUCCAAAAUGCCACCAGUGACAACCAGGGUAUUCAGCUGAGCGCAGUGCAGGCUGCCAGGAAACUGCUGUCAAGUGAUCGCAACCCUCCCAUAGAUGAUCUGAUAAAGUCUGGUAUUCUGCCUAUUCUUGUGCACUGCCUAGAUAGAGAUGACAAUCCAUCUCUGCAGUUCGAGGCAGCCUGGGCUUUGACCAACAUCGCUUCAGGCACCUCGGAGCAAACACAAGCAGUGGUGCAGUCCAAUGCAGUUCCCCUGUUCCUAAGGCUGCUCCACUCUCCUCACCAGAAUGUGUGUGAGCAAGCGGUGUGGGCUUUGGGCAACAUUAUCGGUGAUGGACCCCAGUGCAGGGACUAUGUAAUCAGCCUUGGUGUUGUCAAGCCUCUGCUGUCCUUCAUCAGCCCAUCCAUUCCCAUAACCUUCCUGCGCAACGUCACCUGGGUCAUGGUAAACCUGUGCCGUCACAAGGAUCCCCCUCCACCCAUGGAGACCAUUCAGGAGAUUCUGCCUGCCCUGUGUGUCCUGAUUCAUCACACAGAUGUCAAUAUCCUUGUGGACACAGUGUGGGCUUUGUCUUAUCUGACCGAUGCUGGCAAUGAGCAGAUCCAGAUGGUCAUUGACUCUGGCAUUGUUCCUCACCUGGUGCCCCUCCUUAGCCACCAGGAGGUCAAAGUUCAGACUGCAGCUUUGCGUGCAGUGGGGAACAUCGUGACCGGCACAGACGAACAAACACAGGUGGUGCUGAACUGCGAUGCCCUCGGUCACUUCCCUUCCUUGCUCACGCACCCCAAGGAAAAAAUAAACAAGGAGGCAGUGUGGUUCUUGUCCAAUAUCACAGCUGGGAAUCAGCAGCAGGUCCAGGCUGUUAUCGAUGCCAGUCUGGUGCCCAUGAUCAUCCAUCUGCUCGACAAGGGAGACUUCGGCACUCAGAAAGAGGCAGCUUGGGCCAUCAGUAACCUCACAAUCAGUGGCAGAAAAGAUCAGGUGGCGUACCUGAUCCAGCAGCAGGUCAUUCCACCUUUCUGUAACCUACUGACAGUCAAGGACGCUCAGGUGGUGCAGGUGGUUCUGGACGGACUGAGCAAUAUUCUGAAAAUGGCCGACGAAGAGGCAGAGACCAUCGCAAACCUGAUCGAGGAGUGCGGAGGACUGGAAAAAAUCGAACAGCUACAGAAUCACGAGAACGAGGACAUCUACAAACUGGCUUACGAAAUCAUUGACCAGUUCUUCUCGUCCGAUGAUAUCGAUGAGGACUCUAGUCUGGUUCCAGAAGCCAUCCAAGGUGGAACGUACGGAUUUAAUUCAUCAGCCAACGUGCCAGCAGAGGGAUUCCAGUUCUAGAAGGGUGACCUGAAAUCUGAAGAUUUGUUUGCGAUGCAGCACUCUAACAUGUACAAAAAAAAAUAAUUAAUUAGGAGAGAAAGAGAGAAGCGCGCGAAUGUGAGAAAUUAGAUCCAUUGUGCUUGGCUCAUGGGAUCCAUGGCUGCAUCUAAUCCAAGAGAAAUUGUGUGGAUUUCGUUUGGCAUCCUGGCAUGAAUCCAGUCCAAAUGAAGUUUGUGACGGCGAGUGGGUGCGAGUGAGAGUGAGUGGGCUACUAAAUGUUGCAAAAACACAACCAUCUACACCGAAUGCGUUCAGAGAACAUUUCGUGAAACGUCACACCAAAACCGGGACGUGUCUACCAAACGAGAACAAAAGCAAAUCGGCACAACAAACAAACAAAACAAAAACGAGACGAAACGAUGUUGCAACCAAGCAAUUGGAGGGAAUGACACAAGAAAACAGACAAAACCUCUGAACAAGAAUCUACAAGCAAACAAAAACAAACAGCGGGAGGUGACACACCGGUUGCCGUCUUUCCUCCCCACAAUGGGCCCCGCUGCGAGAGGUGUGUGCGAGUGAGCCGUUUUUGCGUAUGAAUGUAUGGACCUGGGGCCGUGGGCGCGGAGCUUACCUCAGAAAUCUCUAACUUUCGGCGCACGUCGAUCCUUGACUGCGCUACUUGUGCAAAGUCAGCAGACGAAUGAGUGUGUUUGUGUGCGUGAGAGAGUGAGCGUGCGAGUGCGUGUGACUGACUGGAGGGUGUCAGACAGGGCUGAAUGUGGACGCAUGUGGAGAGUCACCAUCAAAAUAACGAAAGGAGCGUUAAUACAAAAGUAGUAUGGAAAAUCAAAUAAAGGAAAAAAGAAGUAAACAGCAAGGGUGAUGCGGUUGAGCAGAAAAGAAGAAAAAAUUAAAAACUUCGAAAAUAAUUAAAAAAAAAAAUUUGUCAAGCAACAGCAAUGAUUUAGAAAUUACAAAAAAAAAAAAAAAAGACAUCAGGUUUUUUUUUGUUCUCUUUUCUUUUUAUAAAACGACACUGGACUAGACUCUUAAGUGGAGAAACGGAGGGCCGCCGUGUUUAAAAGUGAUGAACUCUGUAGCUUUUGGGAUUUGCUUUUAGUCUCCAGUGUUUUACACUUUCUUUUCUUUUUCUUUUUUUUUUUUUUCCUUUUAGCUUCCGUAUAUAUUUUCAGUGUUUGUGUAGAACUGCAGUUUAACCCUUACAGUCCCUAAAUACCACUGUACUACUGUAGUUUUGCCGUUUUUUUUUGUUUUGUUUUUUUGUUUUGAACCGGUUGCAAGCUCCCGUUCUUACUUUUCAAUACUCUGUAUUACUCUUCUGCAUGAUAUUUGUUUUUAUUUUCCUUGUAGGUUCUCAGUAGAGCCCUCGCACCUUCUUUGGUGAUAAUAAACGGAGAAAUAACGGCCAUUUUAUGUAAAGUCGUGAACAUUUCGGUCUUUACUUGUGCUGAAUUGCAACAUAGUUUUAUAGGUUUUUACUUCUGUUAACAAAUUCUUUUUUUUUUUUUCUUCUUCUUCUUCUUCUUUUUUAUUUGUAAACGGCUUUUUAUACAUCAUGUCUCUUUCCCCCGACCCCUUACUCAACUCUCAGUAGCCACCUGACCCGAUUCAGCCAAACCUGUUUUGCGUACACACCCGAACACAGCGUGCGACGAGUUCAGAUUUAGAGCCGACACGACUGUCCCGUCAAACUAUAUGCAUAAUACAAUUACAAUUCCUUUUUUUUUUUUUAACAUGUGUGUAUAUAUAGAUAGUCCUAAUUAAUGUCAAUCCACAUUAGAGGUGUUAAUCCUUCAUGAUAGUUUCAAUGAUUUUGAAAUAAAUGACCUGCCUCUUAUUUUGGGGUGUUUUUGGGGCUUUUUGGGAGAAGACGAUUUUUCGUAGCGUGACAACGCUCCAGCUCCCUGAAAUCUCUGGUGUUCUUCAGACUGCUGUCUGGUGCCUUCUUUCUAGAGCACAAGUAAAAGGAGAGAAGAAAAAAAUGCAUGAACAAAACAGUGAUGUUCUCGAGUAUACGAUAUUGUCCUUUUUCCCUUCUGAGUCCUUCGUUUUUCUUUAUUUUUUGUGUUUAAAAUUUCACGCCGUAGACACGGAUUACUCUUUGUGGUCAUAACCUUCUGUUGGACUAUUAGGGUGUAUGAGCAGCAUUCCUCAAAGAUGCGAUUUCAUAUGUGCAGCAUUAGCAAAAAUGGGGAAAACAUUACAAAUUAGAUGAUUAUGCUUAACCUGUUGACCGUAUGACUGCAGGCUAAGAUUCUUUGAUGAAAUAAAUAUUGAAACCAUC